GCCCCCUUCAUCCCCCACCCUUGAGUGUUAGGAUAGGUAGGGAAUCAAGGAGAUGGGCUGAAGCACGGGACACUGGACCUGAUGUGAAUUGCGUGCGGUGCUAUCAAGAUUUUCUGAAGAACUUAACUGACAGUGGAAUGUGCAGGCCCGGAGAUGCCUUACGUGGAUCGGCAGAACCGCAUCUGUGGCUUCCUGGACAUCGAGGAGAAUGAGAGCAGCGGCAAGUUCCUCCGCCGCUACUUCAUCCUGGACACCGUGGAGGGCAGCCUGGUCUGGUACAUGGACAACCCGCAGAACCUCCCUACAGGGGCGGCGCACGUCGGCUCCCUCAAGCUCACCUACAUUUCCAAGGUCAGCGAUGCCACCAAGCAGAGACCGAAGGCGGAGUUCUGCUUCGUCAUCAACGCCGGAAUGAGGAAGUUCUUCCUGCAGGCUAAUGAUCAACAGGACCUGGUGGAGUGGGUGAACGUCCUCAACAACGCCACCAAAAUCACAGUGCCAAAAUCGGGUGACGUACAGCACGAUAAUCUGCCAGAGCUGUUGGGUGGCAAGAAACAGGUCUCCUACAAGACCGAGAUCAUAGGAGGAGUGCCCAUCAUCACGCCGACGCAGAACAUCCUACUCUUAUCGCCGCGGUUGAAUGGCCUGUCCUGUCCUUGCUCUCCCCAGCAGGAAGGGGGCGACGGGCAGAACGGGGCGGACCGAGGGGGGCUUAAGAGGGCCCACAGCCAGAUGCCGUACUUCGUGGGACGGCCCCACGCGGUGAUCAAGGCCGGGUACUGCGUCAAGCAGGGGGCCGUGAUGAAAAAUUGGAAACGAAGAUACUUCCUGUUAGACGAGCACUCAGUGAGCUAUUUCAAAUCUGACCAGGAGAAGGAUCCGCUGCGAGUCAUCCCCCUGAAGGAGGUCCACAAGGUGCAGGAGUGCAAACAGAGUGACAUUAUGAUGAGGGACAAUCUCUUUGAAGUCGUUACCACUUCCAGGACCUUUUAUGUUCAGUCGGACAGCCCGGAGGACAUGCACAGCUGGAUCAAGGCCAUUUCCGGGGCCAUCGUUGCCCAGAGGGGACCAGGCCGAUCUGCAGCCUCUAUGCGUCAGGCCAGACGGCUGUCGAACCCUUGUAUACACAGGUAUACAUCCCGCAAUGGUGAAUGCAGCACGAGCACGGCGAGCGUCCCGCACCAUCCGGGCUCUUCUGCAGCGACCCGGGGCGCCCCGCCCCCCGCUCGCCCCUCCUCGGCGCACGGCCCCCGCCUCACCCACAAGGCUCUGUUCUCCAGCCCGCCGCCCCCGCCGCCGCCCCCCCGGGCCCACUCCCUGGCCACCCGCAGCCUGGCGUGGGACAGCGAGGACUUCAUGAGCCUCCUGCCCCGGCCCAGCCAGCAGCGAGGGGGGGCCCGGGCCCGCCUGUCCCUCCAGGAGACCCGGCUCUCCAAGUGAGCGCCCCGUCGCCAUGGAGACGCCGGAGCAGCUUCGAGAGCGGCUCCCCCGAGGAGGCCCCCCUGAUGCUGGACGACGGAGGAGACCUGCCCGUCAGCCAGGUUUGAGCUCCGCCCACCUCUCCCCGCCUCGCACCCCCACCCCACCCCGCCCCCAUCCCACCACCAAACCUCUCAGGACCAUCCUGGGGGUGCAGCCAGGACAUAUGACAUCAUCAGGACAGGACGGCAGGUUUUUGGAUGGAACAGCGCUCGAGGAAGCGAGAGGAGAAAGAGGAGGAGGGACGGGGGUGCAGAAGUGAAACAGGAACGUGGUUCAGGGGGGCCUAGCGUUCUCCAACGGGGACAUUGCGGAGCGGACUUCUCCUCUUCGAACACCUCUCUUCAUCUUCAGACCGAACUUGCCUGCAUGCCUGCCAGCCUCCAGCACGGCUGCAACCCCAGGGCAGCCAGCUCACGGACGGACUCACGCUCACGCUGGGCUCCAUGUUUCUCAGCUUUUUGUUUAGUUGUUUUUUUUAAAUUUAGUUUUCACUGCCUUAAGCAGCUGAAGGUCACAGUUCAGAGAGGAGGACUGCGGCAGUGGAGGCUAGCAGUAGCUCAAGUCGGUCUGUCACGAAUCAACCUAAAAACUGCCCACUGUUCGCCCUCUCCGUUUCUCCUUUUCGGGAUAUUUUCUACUUUUAUUUGUUUUGGGGGAUAAUUAUGGGAGCUAAACUAAGGUGACUUUAAAAAAUAAGAUGAAUGAUUAACAGAAAAUGUGUAUUUUGACGUUUAACAAUGUACUAUACCAGUGCACAAAGCAUAUGUUGUGUAGGUUUUAUUUUUUAAUUUUUUGGAGUGAGAGAUUUUAGUUUCAAAUUUGACCAACCUAGGCCAAGAGUGCGUAAGGGAAAUUUAAGGCAUCACCAAUAUUAUGAGUUCAUACUUGCAGCCAAUGAGAACCCUUGCAUUUUUCCCCACAAUCCCUUGUAAUCCUGUAAAACUAAGCAUGUGCGAUGUGGUGUCUACAUUUCUUGCCAUCUUACGAACUCUUUGACAUUCUGGUAAUUUUAAUCGGUGUUAUUUUUUUGUUAAUCUUUAAUGACUGGCUAGCAUGCCCACGGCAUGACCUAAUCUUCCCUUUCUGCAGAGACAGGGGUCGUGACCCUGGGCUGACAUAACUGGCGGCUGAUGCAAGGGCAGCGACCUAGCAGACGUGUCGUUGCGGUCAGGUCCGGCGGUGGGCGACCCUGGCUCCAUAGCAAGAGAUCCGGGCAAACGCACACACACGCAUGCGUACACAAACACACACACACACACACACACACACACACAUACUCCUCGCUUGAAUGUCAACUGUUUGCCAAAUUCAGUCUCUGACUUCCAUUUUAGGUGCGCGUGCAGGGCAUGUGUUUGUGCUGCGUCGGGUCCUCGAGCCUUGUGUUCAUGAAGCCUCUCGGAGCUCUGACCCAGGGUCCUGUUCCCUCCGUCCGCAUCCUUACCUUAUUAUGCAUCGUGAGCUAAAAGGCUAGCCCAAGAGCAGCCCUCCUACGCCCAUACACUAUAAAUACCAGCUGCUCUGUGUUUAGACAGUGUCAGAUGUGCACUGAGGGAAGGGGAGGUGCUUUAACCCUUGCGUUGUCUGCAUAUUAUGUAUACGCCCCCCCGUACGCAGGGUCAUAAAUGACCCGCCCUCGGUCGACCCCUGUGAUGAAGACUAUUCAUUUAAUUUUAAACCCUAAAUCAGUAUUUUUUUUAUGUAGAAACAUCCUGUCACUCAUCAGUAAUUCAGUGAAAGACUUUUCCUACUCCACAGUCCAGUGACUGUUUUUCCAGUCUCCACCACUACAUCAUUGUUGAUUUUCUUGCUGUAAUAGAUCUGUGGCGCUUUGAUUUGGACUUCUGAAUAACUGCAGGGUUAAGAGACUCAUAAGGCAACUUUUGUGCCCGGACGGUGUACCGAUUUUAUAAAAAUAUAAACAAAAGGGCAACGUUUAACUUUUUGUAAUGGUAGCGUCAUAAAAUGUCAUGCAGAAAAUGCUUCAGUUAGGGGGUUUUCCACUGCCAUUAAACUCAGAAAAGGGUUAUUUUUUCACCCUGGGACGACACAAAGGUUGAAGCUGAUUGGUGGAGAGAACAGAGGAGACGCCGUGGGCUAGCUCACCCUGUGGGUGUAGGCACUGAGACUGCAUGAAACGCUCGGGUGCAUGGGUACGGCCGGUCUGUCUUGUUCCUUUUUUCGUAUUCUUAAGAACGCGUGUUCAAAGAAGAGCGAGUGUCUUGUGGGAGCUUCAACAUGUGCCUAUAUUGCCGAAGAGCACGGGUGACUGAUCUCAGCUGUUCUGCUGUCUGGUAACCUGUGGCCUGUAAUUGUGUUGCACAACUCUUACUGUAUAGCUGUAAAGUGCCUGCAUUCUUUCUAUACAAAACAAGCUAUUUUGGUCCCGUUUUUUUUAAUUAUUAUUAUUAAUAUUAUUAUUAUUAUUCUGUACUUGGUGUUCUUAAAUCAUGUAUUAUUUAUUACUUGGAGUUGGAAAAUAAAUCAACCAAUUUAAAAUGUC